AUGCGUUCGUGUACAAGAGCUGCAGCAGUACCGUCGAUCAAAGCACAUGUCCUGCCUGCAGCAACCGAGAAGUCAGGGAGGUCUUGCAAAGUCAAAGUUCUUCGCUUUGCACCACCGUUUCCGCGCAUGUCGGCCUGGCUAAAGGGCCAUGCCAGCACAGGCUAUCGCCUUUUGCCCGGCGACACAUCGCCAGAGUCUGCCAGGUUGGCCAAAGUGCUACCUGUGGAUGGUCCGGCUCAAAGGAGCCCCGACGACCACCUCGGCACUUCAGGGGACAUCAUACAAUUCAUGUCCCAUAUCUUCUACACUGAAGAGGGCCGAAAGCACCAGGUGAGCGUGAAGGUGAUCCGCAUAGGCACUUUGGAGGGGGACUGUUCCGUCUCCUGCCACACCGAGCCCUGGCUCGCGGUUGUAAGGGCCGAACUAUCGGCGAGCAUGCGGGUACCCCAUGGCGAGAACUCACCGCCGUGGGAUCCUUCAUCCCCAACUGCAAUGCUGCGCGUGCUGCAAGCGGCUGAUGCCACGAAGCACAAAAACAAGGUGAUUUUGCGGAAUGCAGCAAGCUGGAGGCAGCUGUUGGAACUGGUGGAUGUUCUUGGUCAGACGCCCCACGCGCUGAACGCCUGCACGCUACUGCACCGCUUGGCCAGAGCCGUGGUGCGUGAAGGCAAGGGCUUAUCAGAGCGAGCCCGUCUGCUUCGCAGCUUUGACUCUUUCCAAAGGCUGCUGGAGAGAAUUUCACGAUUGGUUCCCGACUUGAACAACAUGGAGUUGACCAACUGCCUCUGGGCCUUAGCGACCUUAGAAGCAACGGAUGCAGCCGAAACGGCGCUUCUAACGCAGCUUGCCGCGGGAUCUGCCAAGUACUUGGACAGCUUUGAGCCUCGAAACUUGGCAUUGUCUGCCUGGGCUCUCGCCAAGAUCGGAUACGUGGACAAGGCCUGGUGUCGUCUUUGGGCGGAAGAGGUGAGCCGGAAGCUCGCUACCUUCGAGACCCGGGAUAUGACCAACGUGAUCUGGGCGUUUGCCACUGUGCACUGGCGCGACGAGCGUUUCUUGACAAGGUUCUGCAAGGAAGUUGAACUCAAAGCAGAGUACUACACUCCUCAAGAUGUGGGAAACACACUGUGGGCGCUGGCCACUCUUUCGUGGAGGAGUGAUGCGGCGCUAGCAGCCAUAAGCAAACGCUGUUUUGACACCGCCAGCACCUUUGACCAGCAGAACCUGUCGAUAUCACUGUGGAGUUACGCAACCCUGGGCUACAAGACAAUGAAUUUGUUUCAUCACAUGACGCAGAUCAUCACCGAGCGGAUCAAGACUUUUGCAUCUCAGGGCAUUGCCAACGUUGUCUGGGCGUUGGCCAAAUUCCAAUUUCAGCAGAAAUGCUUAUUGAUGACCAUCGCAGAAGAAGCCCCGCCGCGUCUCGACGAGUUCGAUCCGCAACACCUCUCUAUCCUCGCAUGGGCCUAUGCCACCCUGGAGUUCCCGAACCGGCCUCUGCUCUCCGCACUCUGUCAGGCGGCCGUGCGGAAGAUGGACAUCUUCAAUGCACAGCACAUGGCCAACAUGACUUGGGCCAUGGCGACUCUGGCACACAAGGAUGAGCGAUACUUGCAAGUUCUCGCCUCCAAGGCCAUGGAGCAGGUCGCGAGCUUCAAUCCCCAGGAGUGCUCGAACUUGGUUUGGGCUUUCGCACUGCUCACUUUCCGACACGACCCACUCCUGAAGGCGCUCAGCAUUCGCUCCCAACAAAUCGUGUCUGAUUUCAUUCCCCAAAACUUGGGCAACACAGCCUGGGCCUACAACCGGCUAGGAUACCGGGACGAAAGAUUAAUGGAGUGUCUGGUAAACGAAGCAGCUGGAAGACUCCACGAGUGUGCCGGCCAAGAAAUUCUUGACCUCAUUGAGUCCAUAUCAACCGGUGGCUAUGAGGAUGCUGUGCAAGGGCCGCAGUGGAGUUCACUCGUAUCUUGGGCUGGUGCGAAGUACGAGUCUGUGCAGAAGUUUGUGCAAGUGUCCAGCGAUAUGCCACUGGGCCUCCGCAAACUCUCAGACUUUGAUCGGGCAUUAGCCGUCCAAGACUAUCGGGACCACAUGGCAAGCUUCAGCUUGGUUGGCCUGGGGUUUACGUACACAUCCCAGCUGCUUCGCGAGAUGGGUGUCGUUUUGCUGGAAGGCCCUCAGCGUGAGAGUUGGCAGAAUGCAUCACAAGUGGCCGCAGCUCGGAUAACUGGGACGGGUAAUGAAUCUGAUGCGACCAAAAACACUGAGGCACAGGAAGGGUUGAAAAUCUGUCGUACAGUCUGCGUCUAUCGCUAUUCGCUCCGGUCCGUGACCGGGCAGACCAGCGUGGCGGAACCGACUGCCGUGACCAGCGGACCGGCGUCCGAAGCUUUUGAACUGGGGCUUUUUGCGGCAGUCUUGCGGCAUCCACGAGGCGGAGAUGGUGAGUUUCAGGCCCUCCAGGCAUGUGCACGCAGAUGUUUGGACUUGGGCUGUGAUCCCAUCGGACCUCCUCCGCUGGAUGGGUCUGCCAUCGAGGGCGAGCUCUGGCUCCAUGUCUCCGAGGUUCCAUGUCUUUCUUGCGUUGGCGCUAUGGCGCAGUUUAGAAAGAUCUUCCCAGACAUCAAGAUCCACAUUGCUUUCAACCUUGGACGCCAACCAUCGCAAGAUGGCACCUCGUCAGCGUCCUUCCAGGGCAACAGCAGUUCUGUGCCGGCACGUCGAGAAGACAGCACUGCCAAAGCUGGUGAAAAGUACCAGCCUCUGGAAAGUGUGCUAAGAUUCGGACCUGGUGAGAACAUGAAGAGCUUCGACAUUGAGCUGAUCGACGACGAUAAUUUCGACACAACCUUGGACUUCCAAUGUAUUCUUAGCAACCCAGAGGGUUGCACCAUCCAGCUGGACCAGAGCAUUUGCCAAGUUCUCAUUUUCGACAACGAUUUGUUUCCCUCCAGUGAGUUUCGAGAAGAACUUCGAGAUAUGAAGACUGUUCAAGAGGAAGAUCUGCAUCAAAUCGGCUUCCGAUUGUUGCGGGCCUUCAUUCUUUUUACUUUUCGACACGUGCCCACCAUAUGGUGGAAAUCAAUUGUGGCCGUUUUCCUGGCCCAGCUAGGUAAUGCUUAUUAUUUGAUGACCAUCUACCUGAAGGUCUAUUUAGUCGACGUUUGCUUGAAUGUCAAGGACGAAGCGACUCUGGAGAGACUUCUUGUCCCAGGAAGCCGAAGUCUUACCGCCGCCGUCCUCGGCCUUGCUUGGGUUCUUCCAAACUUCAUCUUAGUAGCUGCAGACCACUUUGAAAUGUCUGUUCUGGAAAUGGGCUUCCACAUUCGUCAGCACUUGCGGGUAAAUCUCUUUCGCAAGUACUUGAACUAUACUCGUGAGUCCAGGCUGCGAGUUCCGAUUCAAGAUCUCAAAACGAGCAUGAUGGAGGACAUACCGACUCUAGCUAGAGACGGCUACCUCAUCACAUUCGAGAUCUUGAAGAAGGUCAUGAAGGUCUGUGUUGUGGGCUACUGGCUGCUGAAGAAGCACCCACGCUCUGGCAUUCCGCUGGCAGUCUACCCGACGCUCAUGCUGCUGUGGCUCGGCUCACGCUACAAGCGAAGGCUGUGGCUUCUCAAGAAGACCGGAGACGGAGGCAGUGAUACACAAGGUUGGCUGCUGCAUGCAGAUGCUUCAUACGAUCUGGUGAACGACUAUGGAAAUCGAAAUGCAAUUGUGGGAAAAUUCCAGCAGGUUCUGCAAGAUCAGCGCAAACUGGUCAUGGCGUUGAAGUCCUUUUCCUUCUGGAGCGGGAUAGUAAUUCCAUGGAUCACCAUCAUCGCAACCGGCUUCUACAUCGCUGCGGCAGGAAAGCUCGUGACUGAAGGUGAACUGUCCAUGGGAUCUUUCUUGGCAACGAUCACGUUGUACAAAGAUCUGGGCGACCGAUUCGACGGGAUCUAUGCCGACUUUGAGGCCUUGUCUGAAGUCAUAGAUCCAUUGUCGGUCCUCACUGUGCAGUUCAACCUCGAAACAGAUCUGCCGCAGCGCAUGGAAGCGCACGAAGCACACGAGCAGUACCUUGCACGACGCUUGUCCGAAUUUCCACCUACUUCUGCCUCUUUGUCGGAAAGCGCUUACGACACAGUGCCCAUCUUCCUCACAGAUGUGGUGAUCCGCAAAACAGAGCCGCCAACACCUGGACUCCUGGAUCCGCACAGGCCAGACGGUGACCUUGCAGAGUACCCGACGGCUCCAAGACUCAGCGAGCCUUUGUCAGCCUGUCUGGAGCAAGGCAGUUUGAUCUGCUUGACGGGGCCGGCCUCCUCUGGAAAGGCCAGCCUCCUCUCCCUGAUCACCAAGGAUUGUCUUCCGGCAUCGGGCGAGAUCGGAAUACCUCCUCAUUUACGAAUUGUCCGUGUUUCCCGCGAGCCUUCCUUCGUGAAGUCCAUGGGCCUGUAUGCCAACUUGGUGUUCGGCGUCCUGUCGUCGGAAUUCGGUCACACCUAUACAAACCAUGAGCGGGUCGGCAACAUUCUGCAGCGCCUCUCCCUGCAUCAUUCCUGGAUCUACCAUGCAGUGAUGCAGGACUCUCUCCGGGAGGAGGAGGAGCUGAGUCCGGAGCACCAGGAGCACGCGGACGAGGAGGACAUCUUCCAGGAGAUGGAAAGAUGCAUGAGGGAGCACGAGGAGCAAGUCACGGCUCAGGCUUCAACUCUUGAGCUCUCGGAGGUCGAAUCCGAGCAGGACCACCUUCGGCACUGGUAUGACUGCAUGAGCCGGAGCGAAGCCAAGCGUCUCCACCUCGCGAGAGCCUUCAUUGCCAGCCCAGAGGUGCUGAUCAUGCACGCGCCUUUCGACGAUCUGGAUGAGGGACUGGCGCAGGAUGUGCUAAAGCUGAUGAGGGACUUCGUGGACGAGCGAGGCGUUGCCCUGGACCCUGCCACCAAGCACUGCCGCCGGAAACGGAGCGUGUUCUUCUCUGCGAAGGAUACCGCGAUGUGCAGGCAAAUGGCGGAUUUCACGUGCACGCUAGGUCACGACACCGUUUCCCUCAAGCUAGAACCCAAGCAUGGCGAGUCAGAUGGCCCCGGUUGGCUUUGGACAUGCGGCCAGGGUGGCUGA